GCGUUGGUCACAUGCUUCCAUGAUGGGAGUGACCAUUGCUGCGGUGCCGGUUAUCGCAGCACAUUUCAGGAGGUCGGUACGCUCGCGACAUCGCCAGCGGCAAUCCUUGGACCGGGCGACCUUGGGUCGCCGUUGGACUGGGAUGCGCGCUGGGCCCGAGCUGAAGCUGCCUCCAUCAGCGUGUAAAGGCGAGAUCGCUGGUGUGGAGGUUUACAUCAUUGGCACGGCGCAUAUCUCCGCCCGAAGUGCUGCGGAUGUCGAGGAGUUGGUAUCCAAGGUGCAACCGGAUGCCAUUGUGGUGGAGUUAAGUCGUGAUCGCAUCAGCAGCCUCUAUCCCUUGGGUGCGACGCAUUCCAGGACUGGAUCCCUGGAGCUUGAUCUGGAGCAAACUCCCCGGGGCUUUCCGGUGGUGCUUAGGGCCAAGUCCUCUGACUCUGGAGAGGAUGGUCAACUGAUCCUUCGAAACGCUGGAGAUGACAAGGUUGACGUGGUGAACAUGAGGAAGCCUUUGUCCAGCUUCAGUGAUGGGAAAUGGCUUGAAACUGCUUUUCAGAAGCAUCGUUAUCGCAGCAAGACGCUGAAGAUUUGGCCGGCCAUUGAGCUGAUGCUUUCCAUGGCGAAUCAACUCUUUCCCUUGGCCCAGCGGGCCUUCUACUCGUCUGUCUCCACCGUUUCCCACAGUGGCGGCGAGUUCGCGGCCGCCGCGCGGCUGGCGCGUGCGUCUGGAUGUCCGAUCAUUUUGGGCGAUGUGGAAAAUGAGGA